GGCCAUGUUCCUGUUUUUGCAUCCAUUUUGCACCCUAUAAAAUCACAAAUACAGCCGGGCAAGAAACCAAAGAGCCGGGGUCGUGGGAGUUCUUGUCUGAGCGCGUCUGCCUGCUGUGCGACCAACGCGGUUAGAGCCGCGCGCCGCCACGCGUCCUCCCGGCCCUAACUGGAGAGAUUACUGGACUCAUCAGUCUGGCAAGUGGCAGGAUGUUUCCUGCAAAAUCGACCACGCCAAAGAAAAAAAACAGCAAAAGAAAAAAGAAAGAAACCGGUCUCACGGAACCUUCCCAAUUUGAACCUGGAGCCUGCAACCGCAAAGACACCCGGCGUCCUGGGCCUCCCCACCAGCACAGAGCCGACCGUGGUGACCUGCACACAGCGCCAGCUCACGGCACCGAAAACCAUGUCCAUCCUCCAGGCGUCGCUUCAACCAACCGAAAACACAACCACACGCGGAUUUCCCGCCGUAGCCACAGCAGAUGCAUAUAAACCCUGCCCAGUAUGGCCACGCCUUCAGCGAAAUCAAACGUACGUCCUCGCUGCAUCUGACGUGCAAGCUCAUUUUGUUCGUCUCGUGCCUUAGCAUAGACAGCAUCUGUACGGCCAAGGUGCUAAGCCUAGUGCUCAAAAAGUCGCUCAUCCUGUACCAGCUUAUCCCCGUGGUUGGGUACGCAGACCUAAAAAACCACUAUCUGAAGCUAGAUGCGGACGUGGCCAACGUGAUAUUGAUAGGCUGCGGCGCCAUGAUCGAUCUCGAGGCGUUUUUCGAGAUCGACCCGGACGACUUCAUGGUCUCGCCUGACGGCGGCUUUGGUGCCAGCGCCGACGCCGACGACUUGGACCAGGCGCUCCAGCUGCGCGGGCCCACUUUCCGCCGCAAAAUCUACGUCAUGGACGGCAGCCGGCCCUGGAAUUUGGACAACAUCUUCGGGCUGCAGAUGGUGGUGUGUUUUGACGACGGGUUCAUCGAAAAGCACCUAGCCGCCGAGCGCGACAGCUACCAGAAACUUGUGGACGUUUCGGACCACGAGUCCGAGACGGACGCGGACUCCGAGGGCGACUCGGACUCUGAGGCGGACGGUUGCGGCCCGCCUCACACGCCCAGCGCGCGCAGAACCAAAAGGCAACGGCGCAACGAGAUCCGCUCCUACGAGGAGGUUUUGGAGAACUACUACAACCAGGGCACGGCGCUCUUCACCGCCACCACCGCCAUCAUGUACGCCAUGCUUGCGACCAUCGGCGAGACCAACAUCGAGAACCUCUGGCUCUCCAUAAUCGGGCUUUCGUCCUUGGACAGGCUACAUCCGGAAGUGUACGAUAAAAUCCAGCCCUUGUACAAGGAGGAGGUACACCGGUUGAGCCCGUCGAACGCGGGCCUGGAGAAGUCCGCGGACCUGACCACGCUUGCCAUCGACAAGGACUACCACCUUUUCCUCCUCCGGCACUGGACGCUCUACGACUCGUUCUUCUACUCGUCGCUCGUGAACUCCAAGCUCAAUCUCUGGCGCGACGACGGGAAAAAGAAGCUCCACAAGAUGUUUGCCAAAAUGGGCAUCUCGCUCUCGGUGGCCCAGCAGAAGUGGUUGUACAUGGACAUCACCAUCAAGAAACACCUCCCGGUGAUCUUCAACAAGUACCUUCCCCAAUAUGGAUUGGAGGGUGUGGUUCGGGAAGGCUUUGUGCGGACGUUCGGCUUCAUGGGGCAGCUCUCGGCGAUGGAAUGCGUCGAGGCGCUCACGGCGCUUUUGGAAACCGACGACCGGGCACUUGGAGACGCCCACAAAAAACGCGGCGAGGACCCGUUGACCGAGGCCGACGAGAUCAGCUCGCGAAUCGAAAUGAAGGAGAAGUUGUGGGUGGUCAAUUUCUGGUCCUCAUGGGACGCGCUCAACAUGACCACGCACGGCAAGGCGUCCCGCGUGGUGUCUUCAAAUCUCAACCCCGGGGUGGGCAGUUUGCGCAAACUCAAGGGGUUUGAUCUUCUAGUGCACGGGCUCGAGAGCGCCAAGUCCAUGCAGCAGAUCAUAUUCCGGACGGGGAUGUCUGUCUUGGAAAGGGGCCUCAUCAAGAACCUCCGCAUCUACAGAUUGUGCGUACUCAAUGACGGUGCCAUCCCAGACCUCCAGCUCUUCAACAACCCGUUGAUCUUGUCCAAGUUGGGCAACUGGCUCUUGGAGAACAUCAACGAGGCCGAGCUCUUGAACUUCCUCUCGAAAAAAGACGACAGCCUAAAGUCCAAUGUUUUGAAACCGCUCGUCGUGGCGAGUUUGGACCAGGUCAGCGACACUUACCUAAUCAUUGGUCUUGCGCCGAAAUAUCCAAGGGGCUUGGACAAUUCUACCAAGGUGAAACUCUCCAAGCAGGCGUCGACGGAUGGAAAAGCCGGUGAGUCGGCUCUUAUGACGAGGCUCAACACAUUCAGCGUAGCGUUCCAGAAGGUUGCAGCGACGUCGGGCGCCAAGGUGAGAAUCAACAGUUUCGACUCCUCCAUCAUCGAGAUCCGCAAAGACGAUCUCUCGCCCUUCUUGGAGAAGCUUACACUCAGCGGGUUGAUCUAG